AUGGAGAAGACACCAGCAGCCAAUGAGCAGGCCGACGGGCCCCAGAAGCCCGAACCUGCAGUCUUUGAGCCCAUCGACCCUGCGGUUGAGCGUCGCGUCCUGAGAAAGCUGGAUCUCCUGUUGUUGCCUCUGCUAUGUAUCUGCUACAUGCUACAGUUCCUCGACAAGUCGUCCCUCAACUACGCGACUCUGAUGAACAUCCGCCAAGACCUGAACCUCGUAGGCUCUCAAUACUCAUGGGCCUCGUCGAUCUUCUACUUCGGGUACCUUCUGAUGUCCUAUCCGACUUCGUACUUCAUCGUCAAGUUCCCCAUCGGUUACUAUGUGUCCAGUGCGGUCAUUCUAUGGGCGGCUAUCAUUAUGGUGCACGCUGCGUGCCACGACUUUGCCGGAAUCGCGACGGUGCGCUUCUUCCUGGGCGUCACCGAGGCCACGGUCGCCCCGGCGUUUGCCAUCCUGGUCGGCAGCUUCUACAAGCGCUCGGAACAGCCGUUGCGGCAAUGCUUCUGGUUUGUCGGUAAUGCAUUCGCUGGAAUCAUUGGUGUGGAAGGCGAGUUUGGAGUGCUCUUCCUCCUCUUUGGCGGCUGCACCAUCGUCUGGGGCGUCGUCAUGGUCCUCUUCCUGCCAAACUCUCCUGGAACAUGCCGAUUCCUGACUCCUGAGGAACGCGACGUCGCCGUCCGCCGCCUGCAGACGAGCGCGGCCAAGCAGACGACCAACUACAAGAUGUACCAGGUCAAGGAAGCGUUGCUGGAUCCCCAGACUUGGAUCCUUGUCGUCUACCAGUUCUGCAUGAACAUCCCCAACGGCGGCCUGACCAGCUUUGGCUCGCUCAUCAUCAGCGGGUUCGGCUACAGCACUUUCCGGACUCUCAUCCUGCAGAUCCCCGUAGCGUGCGCCCAGAUCUUCUGGAUCUUGCUCAGUGCCGGCCUCGCUACGUAUUUGAAGAAUGCGCGGCUGCCGACAAUGAUCUUUAUGGUCCUCAUUAGUGUUGUUGGCACCGUCAUGAUGUUCGCCAUCAACAAGUCUCAAAAGGAGGCUCGCCUCGCCGGCUUCUGCCUCACCGUCGCCUACGUCGCCAACCUGCCCCUGACCAUGUCCGUCGUCACUGCCAAUGUCGCCGGCUACACCAAGCGCACUGUCGUGCUGUCCCUCACCUUCAUCGCAUACUGCGUGGGCAACAUCGCUGGUCCGCAGUUCUUCAUCUCGAACGAGGCUCCCGGCUACCGCUCUGGGCUCAUUGCGGGAGUGUGUGGCUUUGCCAUUGCCGCUCUCAUGCUCAUCUUGCUUGCGGUCUACUACCUCUUGCAGAACAGGAGCCGCAAUGCCGAGGGUGCGGGAAUGGACGGUGUUCAUCAAAUCAACGGCGAGGAAAUUAUGGACGAUGACCAGACUGACAAGGAGCACCGUGGCUUCCGUUAUGUAUUCUAG